UCCACUCCCCCUUUUUUUUUUUUUUGUUAUUGGUUCUCUGUUCUUCUCUGUUCUUGCUCCUUAUUUUCAAAUUCAAACAAUGUCGGUUGUUGAAAAGUUCCGUCGAGCGAGCCAGCGAUUGUCGUCUGUGCGGAAGCGCGCAGUGAGCGAGUCGAUGGGCAGCAGCCGCAGCAGCUCAAUGUACAACCCAGCACGUCCCUUCGCUGCCGGCCCGUCCGCAUCGUCGUCAUCAGCAUCAGCAUCCGCAGCAGCAGGAUCCGGAACAGCAUCCGGAGCAGCAGCAGCAGCAGCAGCAACAUCGUCGUCGUCGUCCUCUUCUUUCACUGGACCAAUGUCGCUGGAUGCAUUGCGAGCCAUCGUCGCGCUGCCAGAAGGAAGCACCAUCAACGAGUGGCUUGCGCUCAACACGGUCGACUUUUACAACCAGAUCAACCUCAUCUAUGCGACACUGUCCGAGUUCUGCACCGCAGAGACCUGUCCGUCAAUGACUGCGGGCGACGCAUUCGAGUUCUACUGGGCCGACGAGUCGGGCGAAUCCGAGCCAGUCAAGGUGUCUGCGCCAGAGUACGUCGAGAACCUGAUGGCAUGGGUGAGCGAUCAGCUCAACGACCCCGUCAUCUUCCCACCGGAGGACUAUGUGCUCGAGUAUCCGCCAAUGUUUCCGCUGAUUGUCAAGACCAUCUUCCGUCGACUGUUUCGCGUGUUUGCGCACAUUUACUGCUCGCACUUUGAGUCGGUCAUUACCAUUGGCCUGCUAGCAGUGCUCAACAUGCGAUUCCGCCACUUUUUGUGCUUUGUCAUCCAGUUCGACCUCGUGGAUCGCUCGCAGCUCAUGCUGCUCAAAAACGUCAUUGAAGAGAUGCUCGACCUCCAAAUCUUUGAUCGCCGCACGCUCUACCAUCAACAGGAAAAGUUGGGUGCCUCCAAGUCUCGAAAAGACGUCGAGUCCACGGUUUUUGGCAUUGCACUCGCCGAUCUCGUCGAGCGCGAGCGCAUUUUCGACGACAACAACCGUGCAGUGCCGCUAGUGGUGCUCAAGUGCGUCGAGCACAUGGAAAAGAUUGAAGGCUAUCAACGGGAGGGCAUCUUCCGUAAAUCCACCGGUGUGCACAAGAUCAACAAACUCAAGCAAUUGUUUGACGAAAACGCUUCAGAGGUGAAUUUGCAGACACAAGAAUUUAGUUACGACAUUCAUGCCGUUGCAUGUCUGCUCAAGCUGUACUUCCGCGAGCUUCCCGAGCCGCUGCUGCUCAACACGCACUAUGAGCAGUGGAGACAAGCCUGCAAAUUUGACGAAGAGCCGCGUCGUCUCCUGGAAAUCCGGUAUCUUCUUCAAUCGCUUCCGCGCUCCCAUUAUACCUCCCUGAAGUUCACGAUGAAAUUUUUGAAAAAAGUGGCCGAUCACUCGUACGUGAACAAAAUGACGGCAAACAACCUCGCCAUCGUGUUGUGUCCCGUCUUCCUUUGGGACAAGAAAAUCACCGCGACCAGCAUGAUCACGGAAUCGUCCGAGUGCGCCCUCGUUAUUGAAACGAUGAUUUUGCAUACUGAUUCGCUGUUCACCGACGAAGACGACGACGAAGUGCGCUUGGCCGAAAAGGGCCAGCAUGCUGACUCGUCGGACGAGUCGGACUCAGAAGCAGCGAAUGCGCCUCCAGUGUCGGCACCGCCGACCAAAGCUCCAGCCACAGCGACAGUUCGGCGCGUUUCAGUCGAUAGCGCCUUGGAUGCAUUGGACGCAGCCUUUGGCGAAGCGGAAUCGGACGAUGACCAUCUCCAGCCUGAGGCCGACGCUGAUGCCAAACACGAGGCUGAAGCUCGUUUUGAACGCGUGCCUGCUUCUGAUCAGACACACGACGGCCGUGGUUUUGAUGAAAAGCGCGCGUCGGUUUCUCAGAGCGACGCGCACAACGAACAAAGUGAGUCUGCGCCCGAUUCGCAACGAAAACCUGCUUUCGAGUCAGCUCCCGAGGGCGAACAACAGCCACAACAACCCGUCGCUGAUGAGUCAAUUCCCGAUGGGGAUACGGAGCUUUAGAGUGGUGGGAUUACCUGUCGUCGGCCGACUUGCGUUGGUUUUUUGAAGUUUGAUCUAUUUAAUGAAAAUUUAAGAAGCUUGUUCUGCAGCCCAA